UUUAUCGAUACUACCGACAAGAGCACACAUCUCUAAUUAGCUUAAACGACAAAAUAUAAAUUUCUGGCCGUUGUGAAAUAAAUACUGCAUUUAAACUAGUCGCUCCCUCGGCUAAGCAGUUCAGAUAUGGACGGUGACAACAUGGAAGAGAAUAGUUCGGAAUGCGCAGUAACCGCAAAUGACUCAUCGCCUCCGCUGAAUGUACUGUGCGCCAUUUGCAACGAGUUUUUCCGUGCGAACGACACAAUUUAUUCCACCACUCAAUGCGGUCACGUUUUCCACAAGGAUUGCCUCACCCGAUGGCUGAACAGAUCUCUCACCUGCCCGCAGUGCCGGUCCCACUGCCACCGGAGUCGUGUCCACCGAAUUUACCUGAACUUCGCCGAGCGCACCGAGCUUGACGAUGUGGAGCCGCCAAAGAUGCCCAUCCAGUGGGUGCCAAUGGACUUGGAGGUGGACAGUCCCACGGAUGCGCACCUGCCGCCCGAGGGAGCCAUCCAGUGUGGGACCGACGAGGACGGGCAUCCCACAUAUGUGGCCCGGGCUUAUUUUAGGGACGAUCGACUGCCAUCAAGCUAUGUGCCGGAAAAGAAGGCGGCUUUCGGGUCGUGGAGCUGCCGGGCCUACGCUCUCACCGAAGACGUUGAGCUGCUGGUGCUGAGCGACUGCGACUACAAGUGGGUGCCCGGCCAACAGGGUAGCCAUCCGAAUGAUGCCCUCCAAAUCGGAUACUCGGAGAUUGGCGAGGUCACCUACACGGGCCGUGGUCUGUACGAGGGUAUCAUGCGGCUGGGCAAGGUGCAUCCCUCGCAUAAGGUGAUGUACAUACCGCACCAGGGCCAGGAGGUAAACAUCAGUACCUAUGAGGUCCUGGUGGUCACGCCUCGCGAGCAGGCCGAACGCUGAGGAUUUACUUUGAUUGCGUUUUUUAUCAAAAUCUCAUAUUACCACUAUUGUUUAUGGUAUUAAUCUGUGUUAUUUAUGUAUGUAAUGUUAAAUGAACAUUAUCGAACUUUGUC